GGCAUUUCGGCUGCUGCAGCUGCGACAAUCCGACGGAACCAAAUUUCAUAGAGAUCUACACCCACCCGUCUCCACGUUCACCAUUGGAACCUUGGAGUGAGUGUACUUUACGCUUCGGUGUUCAACUUCGGGCGCUGCUACACAAGGAACUUUUACCGCCGUCUCUGGCUUCUUCAAACGACUUGGAUUCCGGUCCUCUGUCAACACCAACGGUGUCCCAUCGCCCAAAAUGUCGAAAGUCGACUCCUAUGCCUCUGUCAAGAGCUUGCAUGCCUCGUUACCACCCUUCUCUCCUCUCAUUUCGGUCGACAUGCUCCCAUACAUCGCUCUGAUCUGCAUAUCCGCGUUUUUCGUCCUCACUUUCACAUUCUCAACUCUGCCAAAGUCACGGAAUCCGUUACCUGAACUUGGGACUGGUUUGCUUGCUUCUGGACUCGCUGGAAUAGGCAUCGUUGCCUUGUUUUGUACCGUUGGCGUCUACGUCUAGGCCGUAUUUCGUGAAGUCUACAGGGGCACGGCAGAGCAUGGACGAGGAUUCCUGACUUGAAGGAUUUAGACCGUCGUCUUGGGAUGAAGCACGGACAGCACUUAGGGGAUUGGAUGCCAGCCUGGUCUCCUAAGUCACAUGCUUUCAUCUCGUUCUGCUAUGCAUGAUGCAGCGCAAAUUGU